UCCGGGAUGCUGGCGGUUCUGUUUCUUGUAGUGUCAGUGGUGUUGUGGCUGGUGUGUAGCCGCUGGAGGGAUGUUCUCUCAGGCCGGGCGCUCGACUCGUUGGCCGGGGUCAAAGCUCCGCUGCUGCUCAUCGCUCACCCGGAUGAUGAGUGCAUGUUCUUUGCACCGACCAUCCUCGGCCUGCUCCGGGAGCAGCGCACGCUCUACGUGCUCUGCUGCUCCACAGGUAAUUACUACAAUCAAGGACACAUUCGUAAGAAUGAGCUGAUUCAGAGCUGUUCUGCUUUAGGAAUUCCUCCUUCCAAUGUAAUGAUUAUUGACCACAGGGACCUUCCUGACAAUCCCAAAGUACAGUGGGACAACAAUCUACUCUCUACACUAAUCUUGAAUCACAUUAAAGACAAGAACAUUGACCUGGUGAUCACGUUUGAUGAGAGAGGAGUGAGUGGCCAUUCCAAUCACAUCUCUUUGUGCAGCACCAUAAGGCUUUUAUCCUUUUCCAGAAGACUCCCAAAAGGUUGUUCUGUUCUUGUUCUGGAGACUGUGAAUGUUUUUAGGAAGUACCUUUCUGUCCUAGAUCUGCCCAUCAGCUGGUUCUGCCCUCAGGAUGUCCUCUUUGUAUUGUCAGGGGAACAGUACAAAAAAGCUAAGGAGGCCAUGAAACGCCACCAAAGUCAACUUCUCUGGUUCCGACAUGUUUACAUACAGUUUUCACGAUACAUGAUGAUUAACUCCCUGAGUUUCCUCCUUUGUAAGACUGAAGAUCCUGCACUAAAAGACAGAUAAGCACAUUGAACAUGUUUAAUUGCAUGGAAGGUGAUCAAAACAUCAUAGGCUUCAUCUCAUCUUGCUGGCUGGACAGCAAUCUCAGCGUAAUAAAGCAAGGAGCAGAGGUUUAAUAUUUUCUCUCUCUGUGGGACCGUUGGCACAAGGUAGUACACCUUAAAAAGCUGCUGUAUAGUAAGGUCAGUCUUGGUCGAUAUUCCUCAGCUGAUGUUUCAAAAACAUUGUUGGAAGAAAUUGCUUUGGUAAAUUAAUAAAACUAAUUUUAUUUUAGACACUGUUUAACGGAGCAUUUACCUUGUGUCAUAGGAUUUUGUUCACCAAAUCCUGGGCUAGGCAACUAAAAAAAAUAGUUCAAGAAAUAAACAAAAUGAUAUCAUAUAUUUAAAGCUCACUAAUUUUCUGAAUGUAUAUUUGUGUCAAGUUAAUUGACUUCUGCUGCACCCAAUGACUUCUGGUUCACGUUUUAUUCUGGCUUUGAUAUAACGACGGGACACAUGUCUGAUACAGACUGAUGUAGGUUAAAAGAAAUGUUACCUUUCUAUCCCAACUAUUGCACAAUAAAUGAUCAUACCUCACCUU